UCAGAUUCAGGCACACACAGUUAGGAACUGUUAAUGUAGCUGGCUAGAAAGCUAGCCAACGGUAUUGCUAAUCGAACACGUGAAAACAGGAUAUUUAAGACCUCGGCGAAAAGAAACAGCAUACCUGUUUAAUGAAGCCUCGUUAUUGAACAGUUUAGAAUUCAGAAGUUACAUUUAGCAAUAGUUGCUUUUGUUAAUUAAAAAAGAAAAAUGGCGGAUAUCGCAACGACUGGAGUGGAGAAGACCCUGGACGAUUUCUUCGCAAAGCGGGAUAAAAAAAAGAAAAAGGAGAAGGGUAAAGGGAAGGAACAGGCUGCACCACCCGCGUCCGUUGUUUUGAAAAAGAACAAAAAGGAAAAGGAGAAGUCAACAAAAAAUGAAAAUCAAGACACGCAAGUCGAGAAGGAGGAUGAGGAGUGGAAGGACUUUGAGCAGAAGGAAGUGGACUACAGUGGCCUACGGCUGCAGGCCCUUCAGUUAAGUGACGAGAAGGAGGAAGAGGAGUAUGAGAAGGAGGAAUUUGGGGAGGAUGGGGAGAUCAUCCUUGUCAGUGGAGAUAAAGUUUCAGGUCCAUGGAACAAGUCUGGCUCUGCACCUGCUGCACCUGCUCCAGUGGAGGAAGAGGAGGUGCCAGAGCCAAAAUCAGCAGGGGUUUACCGGCCACCAGGAGCACGACUGUCAACCGCUAAGAGGGGCCCUUCCCAGGGUCCCCCUGAGAUCAACAGCGACACACAAUUCCCCUCACUCCUGUCCACUGCCAAGCACGUUGAGACACGCAGGGACAGAGAAAUGGAGAAGACCUUUGAGGUGGUGAAGCACAGGAACCGAAUGAGAGAGGAGGGGGGCGGGGCCUCUGCGCAGCAGUUGCAGCUGGACAACCAGUAUGCCAUCCUGGGAGACAAAUAAGGCCUCUCGCACAGCACUUACCCAGAACCCCAGCAUGGUCUUCCCCGACCCCUCGGAGGAAACUUUUAACAGCUGUGGCCUGUACAGCCCUGACAAAGCUGGAGCUGCCACCACCAGACUGAACACCCACCCACCCCACUCCUACCCCACCCCCUCCCCUCUGUCUCACACACACACAUACACGCGCAUAUAUAUGUAUAUAUAUAAUAUAUAUACACCCACACACAACCUCUUUCAAAGGAUGUUGUUUUAGAUUAACAAAAUCAAAUCGAAACCAAUCUGUACCCAUGUGAAUAAUACAACAAAAAAUGUCUAUUGUGGAUCAUACUCAGAGCAGAGGUGGCACACCUGGUCUCUGGUCUGCAACAGUCGCUCUGGGAAAAACUGAGCAUCGAGAGCAAGUUUGGGGAGCAAAGUUGAGACAACUUAUAUUUUUGCAAUGAUACGGCAGCCGAGCUGCAUAUGGAUUUAUUUGUGGUUUGGAGUUGUGAUCUGGGCUAGGAAGGAGACUACCUCAGUUACACUUCGGUGGAUACUGUGUUGACCAUGCAUCAGUGGCAUCCCGAGUCGGACAAACUGCAGCACUUGACACAUUGAGCUGUUCUUGGAACUUGAAGACUACAUUUUGCCCUCAGAAAGACAUUUUGCCUCUCUGCAAAGACCUGUUGACAGUGAAAGUGGUUAGAAUCAGUUUGACAUGAAAUAUCUAUUUAAAGUGGCCUUACUAUGGAAAAGGGAACUAGAUUCCUGUGCAUUGUCCUUAGAGUAAAAUCUUGGCUUUCAAAGGGUGUAGUAGGAUCCAUAAAAGCACCACUUUGGAAAAUCUAUCUUUCCAGACGUCAUGUAUGGGAAUGUAGUACAGAGCUGCAGUCUGAGUAACAUGAUAGACCAAUGAACUGUUUUACAUUUAUUUACUCCCUUCUCCACCCCUUUCUUGCCUAACCCCCUCCCCCCUUUUUUUUCCUUUGAAAGAUUUCUUUAAUCUUGACAGCUUCUUGGUUAACAUUAAAUGUGUCCUUUCUAAUCUAAUGAGAAA